AUGAUUUCCCAUCCUGAGUUUGUUGUCAUUGCUUUUGCCUUUCGCUUUUUACUUGUCUGCUUGGCGCAAAACGAGGGAGAAUUGAAUUACUUGAUGAUCAACAUUUUGGAAUUGAACCAAAGUAGCUCCGACGAAAACGAUUUGUCUUGCCUUCCGUCGAACACAUGGAGAAAUGGUACCAUUCGUUCUACUGGCAUUACAACAAACCUGACAGAUAAGACGCCAUCUAAUCACACUGUGUUGACCCACAACACUCAAGAUCCUACCACGAUGGUGCCAACAUCCCCUGGUGAAAACGUAUCGACCUUUUCAAAGGAAGCUUGCGGCCUGUGGUCCCUACCGCUCUGCUCCCGAUUAAUCAACAUAACAUGGCUGUCAUUUGCUCCUUUUCUUUUUCAGCCUAAAAACAACACGACACAAACUGAAACUGAGUUAGACGGAAAAGUCACCGGUGUAUUCUACAGUAUAAUAGGGCGCGCUGUUCAUUUUUGUUGCAAACAUUUUGACAACAGGGGGACACGCUUGGAAUAUACCCACAAAGCGAAAAACAUAAAUACGUUACAUGCUAAUAUCUUUUAUGAUAAAGCUUCUAUAGGAAUGCCAGUAUACAUUGAAAAUAAUCGCUCCGACCAGACCUAUGGAGGUAGAUUGGCAUUUAUCGAAGUCCUUGAAUCUCCCGGGUUGGUUGUUAUUGGAAACAAGGAUGAUGUCAAACAGAAUGAUUUGAAGGUUCUAUGGAAAACCAUUUACAACCAGUGGCCGAUUGUGCUCAUCUCAGUGUUGUUAUGCGCAAUCUCUGGUAUUUGUGUCUGGGCGCUGGUAAGUAUCAUUGCGCUUUUUGGAGAAAAUCCAAAUCUGGUUGGAAUAAAUACAGGGUGUUUACUGUUUGCAUUGGCAAACCGGUCGGUUCACGGUUUGGGCAAAUGGUGAGCAACAUUCAAGACUUGUAAAUUUCGUCCAGGAAUCACGUUUACUAUUUCAGUGUACAAAUCAGUUCCUUUUACCAAAAAAUGACCGGGAAGGCCUGAACAUGGUAUCAAAGAUGUUUUGAAGGAACGGAACACGAACUUCCGUUUGCAACAAUCCCACCGGGAAAAACGGUUCUACCUUUUCAGACGUUAAUUUCCACCUAAACGACCCGAGAAAUCGUGUUCCAUCUUUUUUCCAACCGGUUUUACCGAAGCUUCUUGUAAAUGAUAAACAACCACAUUUGCUUAUUAUAUCUUCAUUUUCAGCCCUAUUUACAACGAAAUGGAGUAAGUUUCUAAACGGAAACUGUGUUGUCGGUAGAGGAAUGAAGUACUCAAAACUGAGUGAAUUGAUAAGGCGGCAAGAUUGACCACCUUAAAAUAUACGUAAUAUAAUAUUUGUUUUUAUAACCAAAAAACUCACUGACUCCAAAUUUAAAGCGACAAACGUUCUUGAACAAAUUCCUAUAUUUAGGCCACGAAAAAGGGUCUCUUUUCUUAAAUUAAACUGGGUAGAAAAAUGAAGGGUUAUGGCAUGGUUUGAUGGCAUCAUUGGCACACCCCUACACAAACUAACCCUCAGUGGUUUCCCGCCCCGGGUUUGUAGACCUCUAGCUCUGACGAAGCCAUUGUUAGAAUACCUGUCGCCCGUUUAACGUAUCAAGGUACAUGAUGUAAACAUAUUGUGGUGUAAACGUACAAGCGAACCGGCGUGUUUACAACCGACCAAGCAUAUCCAGUUGAAUUUGACAAGUGUAAAGGCUAAAUAGAUAAUCUUUUAAUUUUUGUAUUAUUUAACAGGACACAAUAUGGAAUACAGAUGAAUUCCCUCGUCGUUAUCAUCGUGGGGCAUUUGAAGGUUUCUGGUGGGCCUUCGUUACCAUGUCAACCGUUGGGUAAGUGAAUCAAAAUUCAACUGCACCAUCACUAAUAAAGGCAAAUUUAGGCUAUGCACUUCCACAGGAAUCCGGAUACACUAAAAUCGCAUAAUUGAUAUUUUUGUUGAACACCAAUAUUUGUUGUGGUAUAUCCGGUUUGGAUUCACCCAUCCGUAGGAAUACACUACUGCGAUUUACAUUAUUUUGCUAAUUACUAGCUACUAGGCAUGCGCAAAAACCGAACUCGCGAUGUGAUUUCGCGGCAUUUUUUAGUUUAUGUAGUACUUGACUUCAAAAAUAUCGUGUCGGCAGUCGUGUACACGAAAUCACCAAACGCUUCUGAUGAGAAAAAAAAUCCACUCUGGAGAACGGUUUCAAACACAUGCGGUCUCGAUGUGCAGCCAGCUGAUUCGUUUAAAAGAAGUACACAGUUUUAAAAGUAUCAGCAUAUAAAGUGCUUUAUGCAUAAAAGUGACUGGAAAGAAUAAGAAAUCUUCAAUGUCAGCAUCACGCUUAGUGCUUGGAGGUUCAUUGUGCAAAAAUGUUACCCCUUUGCAUUCUUUGCAUGCUACGUGCCUGCCAGUUAACUAAACGAAGUUCGUAUAUAUUUUACGUGACAUAAUUUGCAUACAGCAAUUUCUAUAUGGUGGUUAGUUGACAACCGGACAAUUAACUUGCAACAGGGAUCAAUUUAAUAAAACUUUUACUCGUGUAAUUUAGAAGUGUAAAUUACCGCAUUUUUGACCAAAUCUUCCUUUUUGAACCUUUUUUCGGCCAGUUACCAUGGGAAUAGCUCAAAAAAAAGAGAUUUGAAACACUAAAGACAUAAUUUUGUGCUAAUUGGAUGUAAGCAGCUCUUUUGUUAUUCGCGCAUCCGCAUAAGCCAAAAUUUGCCGAAUCUAUUUCGAUCUCUUUUCUCUUUUCUUCUUUUCCCCUUUGCCUUUAUUUUUAUGGCCAUUUUUUGUUGCCCACUGUAUCGUCUUUCUUAAUUUCGCAUGAAAGUUUGGCUGGCUUACUUUCCAAUAAAGCGACAAAUUUAAUCUGCAAAGAAUUUUGGGUAAAUAGCAAAAUUGGCGGUGGAUUUUUCCCCCAAAUGUUGCUUAAAAUGUGUUUUUGUCUGUAACUUUGUCUUUAAAUUUUCUAAAUGAGGUACCAGUAGAAAGUUCUAUCCUCGCUAAUUGUGUUCAUUACCAUCUUAUUCGCAGCUUAAAUAGAAAGCUAGUUAAUAGAUACAGGAAGGAUAAUAUGCAUGGGUUCAUAUGGAACAAAAACGACCAAAGCGGACGUUAAAGAGCCGUCAGUUGAGAAUGAAAAAAAUGUAGUAACGAGAAGCGAUUUCUUGCUCAACUUGAGUGUGGUAUUUUUGAAAAACAACUGGCAUUUACCUUUGCUCAAUUUAAAGUGAGGUUUUCAUGGGCUUAGCGCAUUAAUAGUCAUGUUAGGAUGAAAAUGGAUAAUGAUGACGAACUUUAAUCAUUGAUGUUUCCAAUUGGUUUUUAUUUUUUAUAGUUUUUAUUCGACGUUAUUUCGUUCUGUAUCUUUAUAAGAAUUUAUGUAGUUUAUCUUACAGUGUAUUUGUCAAGCAUUCUAUGAAAGAAAGAUGCCUUUAAAGGGUUUUCACACACAUCUUCACACAGUGCUCUCGUUUUCUCCAUUACGUCCCUCUUAUCGGCGCUUCGGCGUCCCACUUCUACAACGGCACAGACUUUAUCAGAGAGCGGCAUUGAGACCUAUUGAAAAAUAAACUCUUCUUGUUUUAAGGUACGGAGAUAAAGCUCCUAAGUCAGUUAUGGCUCGAUUAUUCUCUAUCGUGUGGAUCAUGGUUGGACUUACAGUGUGUUCAGUUAUGACAGCUACUUUUACCACAGCACUUGCCACAGCAGCUGUCAAAGAUGUAGACCUGGUGGGAAAGAAGGUAAAAUAUUCAUUAUCAAAAAUUACUCGUAUGUUUCCUUUUGCUAUUUUUCAUUGAUUACAAUUAUCGUUUGCACAUUUAUGAGCUUAAUAGUCUGUGAAAUAUUAAUGGGCAUUAAAGGUUUGUGGACUCUGUGGGAUGGAGGCUACCUAUAAGAAUAGCAAAGUAGUUUGUAGAACUUUAAAGAACAUAUCGAUGUAAAAUUGUUGAUUUAAGAUCGACGUCAAUCGUAAAUUAUUCUACUACUGAUAAAGGGAUGCAUUGAAGUUACGCAAAAAAGCGGCGAAAUUAAACAUGUAAGCAAGUUUUUACUUUGGGAAUAUUUAGAAUGAAUAAUGGGAAGAAUAAUAAAAUAUUUAUUUGGCUUAGCUUGUUUCUUCAAACCAUAUUCAGCCUUUUCAAAUAAUUGCCAUUAAAUCCUCCGGUUAAUUCUUUUCACAAAAUAACCAGUUAGGGCUGACCAAAUUUGGAAGUCGUUUGACAUCAAUCGGCUAUCCGAUAAACACCAGCAAAAGGGACGGCAACCGGGAGGCCCUGGAGACGAGGUUGCAUUGUCUUGGUAGAACAGUAGAAAAUGGCGGAAACCUAAAACAAUUAUUGGACUCCGCUUAAGUGUGAUCUGAAGAAAUGCGAUGCAGAUCUCCCUCCUAAAAAAUAACUGCUUUUAUACUUCAGAUCAUACUCAGCCUCAUCUUUACUAAGUGAUAUGUUACGUUCUCUUGAUUGUCCAUACUGCAGAUUGCUGUGUUGAAGGGAAGUCCAGCAUUCCAAGAAGUUAUCAAACAGGGAGGAAGCCCAACACGUAAGAUUAACAUGACUAACUGGUCGUAUACACAUGUUUAAUUAUUAACGAGAGUUCAUUUAUUCCGUUCCCGCUUACGGGAUCAGCACUGAAAGGAAAAUAAUCCCGUGUCUUGCUCUAUUUACUAGCUUUUUCACCAUUAAUUUUAUACCUGGGUAGCACAUCACAGCUUUCUUUAGUCUAAACACCGGUUUGAUCUUGAAUUUGGAAAAUCAUGGUUUUUUGCAAAUGUCAUGUCGCAUAAUUUUUUAAAUUAAAAUAGGGACUCCAUUGAAAUGAUUCGCUUGGUUCUCCUGAACAGAACGUAACUCAGCCUAAAAGUUCCAGUUCAUAGUUGUAACCGGUUCGUGUGGGUCACGUGCUGGCAAUCCAGUUCAUUCUGAUGUAACAUGCGACUAGUUCCAUUGAUGUUUUGUGGCUAUUCUCUCAAAUCCAACAAAAAAUUUAUGCUCGAGGUUCCAAGCGGCAAGAGCUCCCAAGUAUUGUAACUGCACAUUUAAUCAUGUGCCAUGGGAAGUUGCGCUAUAUAUAAGAUUUAGUUAAUUGUAAAUUGUAGUUGUUGCGCGUUGGGGAUCUUAAAAUUCCUCUCUCUUAACGACAUUGUUUGUCUUCCUUCUUCGUUUAUUUUCUCAGUUUUUGAAAACUUUCAAGACAUGCAAAAAGCUCUCCUAAAUACGACUGUGACAGGUAUAAUGGAUGAGAUGUACCACGGACUUUACUGGAUGCACCAAGUUAGAGAUUCAAGACUGGCUGUGGUUAAAAUGAUUGAGAGAACACGUUCGUACGGCUUCGCAUUCAAGAAAAACACUAUCUUUGAAUGGCUGGCUGAGGACUGCAUUCGAAAACUUAUUUUGUAUCGCAGAGAGGAUGUCUACUUUGUUAUGAAACAGUUUAAGGAUGAAAUGAAGGUAAUUAGGUUUAAUCAAUGGAAGUAAUUCACUGAGCUUCUUACGCUAACUUUUUAAUCAACUAACUAUUGCUCAUUGACACCAAAGCAAUAUCCAAUAAAACAACGGGAUAACUACGACAUAUUAUGGGUUGGGGCGUGGCCGAGUGAUCAGCGCGUCGGAUCUGCAAUCCGGCGGUUUCGGGUUCGAGUUCUCCUACGGUCACUGGCUGGAUUUGUUCAGUCACGGCUGUUCCGAAUUCAAAUCCUCUUCCACGCUUGUUAAUACCUCCUGCUAGUUUGGUUUUAAUCCCGUUAUGUUCUAUUUGGAAUAUUUGUUUCUAUUAGACAUUAUUCACGAUAUCACCAUAUUUUCAUGCUUUGCAUUUUUACGGUUGACGGUCAGUUGGUUAACUCUUUCAAAACGAGAAAAAAAUUUUACUCGUGGCAAAUGUACAAUUCCAGAAUUGAUAAGUUUUACUGAUAUCUCAUUACAUUGCUUACUAUGAGGACAUCUGUGUUCGCUAUUGCGUCCAAAAAAGUAACAACGAUCACUUCACCCAUACGUUUCCAUUAUCUCUUAAAGAUAAAAAGUUCUCUUGUCUAGAAUAAAAUAAACGUGACUGCGAUUUCUUGUAUUGGCAGAUCUAUCGCUUGUUUGUCCCCAGAGAAACCACGUGACAUCGCUUCUAUCCCAUCGGACCUUUAGCAAAUGCAAGGAUGGCGGGUAUCGUGGAUAAGGUCUAAGUGGUGCACUUGUAAACUUAAGCUGAAAAGCUAAGUGCAGUUCCACUGCACAAGUUCUUAACUUUGCGUUACGUUUUACGCCCUUCCUUCAUAGCCUUGGACGUCAACAACUGCACGUCAAUACUUCCAAAAGUCUCACUUUCAAAACGAGUUUAAUUGCAAAAUUAUUCAAUUUUUUUCAAUGGGGAUAAAAAAAUCAUUUUCAUAUCACUGGAUAUACACUUGUCCUCGCUAAUAAAACAGGCUAAGGGCAACUGGAAAUGGGCCUAUUGCUUCCUUUCUUUAACAACAAGUAAGCUCUUUGCUCAUAUUAUUAAAAUUCUAUUUUAAGGAUGAACUCUCCACCGCAAUGGAUGAUGACGGGUUUUCUCUAAUGGACAGGAAUUCUCCUGCUUUUUGCGCCCUUGUUACUUCAUUAAUAAUCUUCUUGGGAACACUGAUCGCAGCAAUCUGCCUCUGUAAACUGCUUUUGUAUCUAUACCAGAGAUUUGUAAAGAAGAAAAAAAGUGAAGGAAUAAAAGGUGGCUAAUAUUUUAUCAUGUCUCUCCUUUUCUAAUGCUUCUUCGAUUUUUUUAUUGCUACUUUUAAUUUAGAGCAAAACUCCGUUGAGUUCAGUCUAGGCCUCCCCUAGCCCCACCCAGCCCCCACCCCGACGCCUUCAAUACCACCAGUUAUAUACCUUCUAAGAUAUUGAUGCUCAAUAAAACUCGAUUUGGAGCGAGGUCGCCAAAAAAAACUUACUCAAGAAAUGACAGAAUCGGAAUCGGAAUCCUAAGCGGAGUCGUAAGAGCGCUUAUGACCUUGUGAACAUCAAAAAUUGGAGUCGUAAGCAGAGUCACAAGCUGGACGGAAUCGGAGUCGGAAGAAUCGGUACGUUUUCAUUUUCUUCCCAUUCCGCUUACAACUCUGUCCUUUACUACCUAGUGAAAACCAGAUUGUCGGAGUCGGAGGCAGAAGCGUAAGAAUAAACCAAUCACGACGCUAAUUCCCACCCUUUGUGAUUAGUUUAGUUCUUCCGCUUCUGUUUGCAACUCCAAAAGCCUAAUUUUCACUCGAUCGUAAACGACGGAGUUGUACGCAUCAGGACGUUGUUUUCACUAGAUCGUUAACUUCAACGCUUCUGAUUUCGACUCCGACACCAACUCUGUCGCCAGUGAAAACCUGCCUUAAAUGCUCUUUCAGUUAUCAAACAAAAAUGUAAUUUGGCUGAGCUCAUGACUAGAUACGUGUCCUUAUAUGUUAUACCUAAAGGCAUAAAAUAAAAAUUUGUGACGUAGAACGGACAAGCAGGACUAAACCGCUAACAAUAUGUAUGAAUUUUGAUUUAUUCACAGAUAAUGUCCAGCCCUCGUCCAGCCACUGCAACGCUCCACCAAAGAUGAGUUGCUGGAUAUUUCAUAAAGAGAAGACCAAACAGAGCUAUGGAAACUUCCAAUCCCAUGAGGACACUCGAGUUCAAGAUCCUUUGCCCUCCAUCAUUUGA